CUACAACAGCAUUACCAGUGCCAGCAGUGACGAAGAGCUUCUUGAUGGUGCUGGAGUCAUCAUGGACUUCCACACCACAGAAGAUGACAAUCUGCUCGACGGUGACGCAUCCCCAGAUUCUUGACUCCCUUCGGCUGCCCAGCACCUGGAAAGUUUCCUGUCCUAAGUGAGACUGCAGUAACAUCACAAUGAGAGGUUGAUACAGGAACAAUCAGAAGGUCAAAAACUCCAACUGUUGCUGACUAUACUAGAAGGAUGAGUAACUGAGUGAAAGUUCAUGCUGACAUAUCUUGCUAGUCAAACCAGUAGGUUUGACAUGCCUUAAAACAGGCAACAUCUGGGAACCAGUUUGACAGACCUAUCACUUUGAACAAAACGUUUCAGGAAGUUUAAAUGUGUAUUGAGUUUUACUUAUUCCAGUGCUUCACUUCGUGUCGGACUUCUUGUUGCUGUCUUCAAACCUCGUUGUUAUUGGCGUCCCUGGCACUGCCUUCUUGCAGUUGUACUGUUUCCAGUGAGAUAUAUGGGGUCAGUGAUGUCCCUUAACCAGCUACAAAAGCUUUUUUGAUAUUCAACAAAAGCAUUAUUAGAACGCAACAGAGAGAAUGGGAGACCUAACUGUAUGCUCCAUGGCAGUUACCUGGCAACUGAAGGAUUAUUGACAAGCGUUGAAGGGUCAAACUACACCAUGUCUAAUGGUGGUGGUGGAGGAGGAGCCAGCAGUUCCACCCACUUGCUGGAUCUGCUGGAUGAGCCUAUUCCAGGGGUGGGCACCUAUGAUGACUUCCACACUAUUGACUGGGUCAGAGAAAAGUGCAAAGACCGAGAGCGCCAUCGAAAGAUAAACAGUAAAAAGAAGGAAUCCGCAUGGGAGUUUACCAAGAGUCUUUAUGAUGCCUGGUCAGGGUGGCUGGUGGUCACGCUAACAGGUCUUGCAUCAGGUGCAUUAGCCGGUUUGAUAGACAUCGCCGCCGACUGGUUGAACGACCUGAAAGAGGGCGUGUGUCUCAGUGCAAUGUGGUUUAAUCAUGAGCAGUGUUGCUGGGGCUCCAACGAGACCACAUUUGCUGAGAGAGACAAGUGUCCCCAAUGGAAGACAUGGGCCGAACUCAUUCUGGGUCAAGCUGAGGGUCCUGGUUCCUACAUAAUGAACUACUUCAUGUUCACAUUUUGGGCACUUUCCUUUGCCUUCCUGGCCGUGUCUUUGGUGAAGGUGUUUGCCCCUUACGCCUGUGGAUCUGGAAUACCUGAGAUUAAAACUAUUCUGAGUGGCUUCAUUAUUCGAGGGUACUUGGGGAAAUGGACCUUGUUGAUAAAGACCAUCACUCUGGUAUUGGCUGUGGCAUCAGGUCUUAGUCUCGGGAAGGAGGGUCCGCUGGUCCACGUCGCCUGUUGCUGUGGCAACAUCUUUUCCUACCUCUUUCCCAAAUACAGCAAAAACGAGGCCAAGAAACGAGAGGUUUUAUCUGCAGCUUCAGCUGCUGGUGUGUCUGUUGCUUUUGGAGCUCCUAUAGGAGGAGUACUUUUCAGUUUAGAGGAGGUCAGUUACUACUUCCCACUAAAGACUCUAUGGCGCUCGUUCUUUGCUGCUCUGGUGGCAGCAUUUGUGCUACGCUCCAUAAACCCAUUCGGAAACAGCCGGCUGGUGCUGUUCUAUGUUGAAUACCACACACCCUGGUACCUGUUUGAGCUUUUCCCCUUCAUCCUGUUGGGGGUUUUCGGUGGCCUAUGGGGGGCCUUUUUCAUUCGGGCCAAUAUCGCCUGGUGCCGGCGACGCAAAUCCACACGCUUUGGAAAGUAUCCAGUGUUGGAGGUGAUCACAGUGGCGGCUAUCACAGCCAUAAUCGCAUUCCCAAACCCGUACACGCGCCAGAACACCAGCGAACUGAUUAAGGAGCUGUUCACAGACUGCGGCCCACUGGAAUCAUCACAGCUCUGUCAGUACAGAAGUCAGAUGAACGGCAGUCAAGCAUACCCAGAAGGCUCGGAGGCUGCCGCCACGCCAGGUGUUUACUCUGCCAUGUGGCAGCUCAGCCUGGCGCUCAUCUUCAAAAUCAUCAUGACCAUCUUUACUUUUGGCCUGAAGGUGCCAUCAGGUCUGUUCAUCCCCAGCAUGGCCAUCGGUGCGAUUGCUGGACGUAUCGUGGGAAUCGCUGUUGAGCAACUGGCAUAUUAUCACCACGACUGGUUCCUGUUUAGAGAAUGGUGUGAGGUGGGUGCUGACUGCAUCACGCCUGGACUCUACGCCAUGGUCGGGGCUGCAGCCUGCCUUGGUGGUGUGACUCGCAUGACUGUGUCUCUGGUGGUCAUUGUGUUUGAACUCACUGGCGGUCUGGAAUACAUUGUUCCUCUAAUGGCGGCCGUGAUGACCAGUAAAUGGGUGGGUGAUGCGUUUGGGAGAGAGGGAAUAUACGAGGCCCAUAUCCGUCUUAAUGGAUAUCCAUUCCUGGACGCCAAAGAAGAAUUCACACACACCACAUUAGCAAGGGACGUGAUGCGUCCAGCACGCAAUGACCCGCCGCUGGCCGUGCUUACGCAGGAUGACAUGACGCUCGGCGAGCUGCAGACCAUAAUUUCAGAAACGAGCUAUAACGGCUUCCCAGUUAUCGUUUCCAAAGAGUCUCAGAGGCUGGUAGGCUUUGCACUGCGGAGGGAUAUAACAAUUGCUAUAGAAAGUGCCUGCCGUAAGCAGGAGAGAAUAGUGCUGAAUUCCCGUGUGUAUUUCACCCCGCAUGCUCCUACCCUUCCUGCCGACAGCCCACGGCCCCUGAAACUCCGCAGCAUCCUUGACAUGAGCCCUUUCACCGUCACCGACCACACGCCCAUGGAGAUUGUGGUAGACAUUUUCCGCAAGCUCGGCCUCCGCCAGUGCCUUGUGACACACAACGGGAUUGUAUUGGGCAUCAUCACAAAGAAGAAUAUUUUAGAACAUCUGGAAGAGCUCAAGCUGCACGUGGAGCCCUUGGCGCCUCCUUGGUGUUAUUACAAAAAAAGAUAUCCUCCGUCAUAUGGCCCAGAUGACAAACCAGGACCCCGAGUCCAUAAUGUUCAACUAGCAUCUUCCUUCUCUCGCUACGAGGAAGAGAGUGAAGAGGAAGUGCGUUUACUGGACAAUUCAUCCCUCUGACCACACAUCCCUUUGCUACCCUAGAAAAAAUAGAACACUUAACCAGACAGGACCCCAUCCUGGUCAAAUCUUCUGGAUGCAUAAGAUAACAGAAGGAGAUGUUUGAGGUUGAGCCUUGCUGCUUGAGAAGCUUGGAGAUUUGGGCAAAGCUUCAGUUUCGGAUGCUCUGCGUGGAGAGACCUUCUCCUCAGCUAACUCGACCACAAGCGUGGGUGUUUGUACAUGUGUGUGUGUUAAAGACACAUUUGUUUCACCUUCAGACCCCCCGUUAUUUGAACUCUGUAAGCUUUCUGCCUUGUGUCCCCAAGACGUGACAGGUCAAGAUGAACCGCUCAUUUGCGAGGAGGGACCUUCACCACAAAGCACCACUGCCCUGUCACAGCAAGACUGCAUAACAUUGUUUACCUUUAGGGUGUAUGAUGUGACAGAGUGAGAUUGUGUUUGUGAGUGCAUCCCAACAUUCCAGUCAGGAUAUGUGAAGCAAAAUAAACUCUUAAAGGGAUAGUUCACCCAAAAAUGAAUUUUUGUCUUCAUUUACUCACCCUCAUGUUGUUUCAGACCUGUGUAAAUGUCUGUGUUCCUUUGAACACAAAGAAAGAUAAUUGGAAGAAUGUUUCCAUUUUCAGUUCUUAGACGUCACCCCCUUCCAUAGUUCAAAAAUUGUUCUGUUGAACAUUUCUGUAGAAUUUGACUACCAUUUAAUUUUUUUCUGCUUGGGGUAGUCAAUGAUGUUGCAGAACUAAACAUGGCUAACAUUCUUCCAAAUAUCUUUCUCUGUGUUCAUCAUACCCUCAUAUAAUUUCAUACCUGAAUAAAUUACUUUGUUGAGUAAAUGAUGACAUCAUUUAGUUUUUGGGUGAACUAUGCCUUUAAUGUCUAUACAGAUCAUGUUCAUAUUUAUGAAUCUGUGAGGGUUGAGUAUUCAAACGGUGAACUGAUCAAACAUUUUAAAGCAGGCUUUCUAGGGACAGAAGGUGAAGAGAGAACCGAGUGGGUGAAUUACCUUCCAUUAAUCAUGUUCAACAUUGACACUACGAUAGGCAUUCUAAACAGUCAUUAGGAACGAGGCAACCAAGGUUUUCUGGCAGGUCUUGAAGCACCUACACUGGGAACAUUUGUUUGUUUUUUAUUACCUAUAAACAAACGUAAAAGACUCUUUUCUUUUAAAGCUGUUGUCCUUGUUGUUCUACUCCAUGCACUAAGCAAUUCCUCUCAGUUUGCAAACAAAAAUGUGAGUAACAAAUGUAUUUUUGCUAACAAAUGUAAAUGUUCAAAUUGGGUUGGUUCCAGAGAAGUUAGUAAGUGGCCUUUGCUUCAUGUUCACUCUUUUUCCCAUUUUUUUUAUUGCAAUCAAUCUUCAAGAAUCACAUUUUGAUGUAAUACCAUAAUGAAAACCAUAUACUAGCUAGAGAACAUAAUUAUAAAAAAAUACAGAUUGUUACGUGAUGUUUGUAUUUGUAUAAUAAAACUGUCUGUUUACAUUGGUUAAUUAUUACAGUAAUAAGAAAAAAUACCACCCUAUUUAGGUAGGAAACUGUAAGUCGCAGGAUGAGAUGAGAGGGUUGUCAUUAAAACCGCAUGUACAUAGAGCCAUAAACGGUGAACCAGUUCCAGAAUUUGAGAGAACGAUUAAGCAAUGUGACCAGGCACGAAAAGGAAUGAGAAGUUGCAUUUAAUAUAUGACAACUGCUUUUGGCAUAAAAGAUACAUAUCAUAAUUUUGUGCAAAUUCAAUAUAGAGACAAAUACAGAUUGGGUUUAGCAAUGGUUACUACCGUAUGUUAAAUCAGAAAAUUGUUAUAACCUUCCGGCUGCUCUAAACCUUUGGUUUUCCCAAAAAUUUUAAUGAGUUGCAUAUUAGCAUGUUAUGUUUUUCCUAAAUAACGCAGAAGUGUUGUCUUUUAACUAAUCAGUGAAGUUCUGUCCUUUUUUGUUUCCAUGGUAACUGGCAUUUGAACCCUGAACCUGCUGACAGAUGGAAUAUGAGCAUGUGUGGGCUCUGUUCUCAUUAACAGUUGAUGUUGCACUGGAGAAACAAUGUUGUUGUACAUUGAACUAAAUUUUAUUUAUACUAGUGCUUGAGUUGUACAAUAUGUACAUGAAUAUUACGUAUGAUUGAUGGUCUAAUUGUACAUUAUAAAUGUAAAAAUGUAAAUGUAUAAUGUAAAAAUUAAAUUGUUUUAAAUUAA